UCCGUUUACACGGCGGUGGCGGGGCGCGCGUCCGUGCGGUGCGGCACAGCCGGCGUGGGUCCUCCAGCCACGGGGCGGCGCGCUCCCCGCCUUUCCCGUCCCCGUGACCGGAAGUGCCCGCGCAUUACUUCCGGCGCCGCGCUUCCCCCCACGCUCUCUCUGCCACUAUGGCGGCGGGCGCGGAGUCGCUCUCUUUCCUGGGCCUCACCCCGUCCGCACGGGACCCCGCGACCGCCGUUCGGCGACGGAACCGCGGCCCCAGGAACCGCAAGAAGGGCUGGAAGCGCUGGGCCGGGCCCGAGGCGCGGCUGGGCCGCGAGAUCGGCGAUUUCCUCGAGGAUGUGACGCUGCAGCAGCGCGUGGCGGGCGGUCUGAUCGCGGAGCAGCCCGACGCGGGGCUCUUCUUUGUGGAUACGGGCAGCGCUGAGAAGGGACGGAAAAGGAAGAAUAAAAUCCGUGAGAAACCCCUUCACAUCGACCUGGUGCUGCGGCCCGACUCCAAAGUGCCGGCGCCCAAAGACAUUCUGUCCCAUCAGAUCCCCAAUGGAAGGAAGGAGAGGCGGCGGCAGCAGUUCUGGGAGCGGAUGGCACAGAGGGGGGUUCUGCCACGCAGCGAGAGAAGGCUGCAAACAAGGCUGCAGAACCCUGCCCCCCCCCGGGAAAAACCACCCGAAAAGGGGCGACUGGAUCCGGGGAGGAGCUUCUACGACAUCUGGGCAGAUGAUAACCCUCUGGAGCGGGCACUGGUGGGGCAGGACGCGUGGUUCCUGCAGCAGACACAGAAGCAGAGGGUGAAGCGCCCCCUCAGGCUGCAGCAGAAGCCAUCGCAGCUCCCGGCCGUGGAGGUGAUCGCCCCUGGGGGGUCCUACAACCCCACCUUUGAGGACCACCAGGUUUGUGGGGGGGACAAAGUGGAGCGGCAGCUCCGCUUCCCCACAGCUGCUGAGGCCCCCACUGCGGAGACGGUGUUCAGGGAGCAGUGCGAGGGGCUGCUGGAGGAGUCGGGGGAUGAGGAGGAGGAAGAGGAAGAGAAAGAGGAAGAAGAGAAGAAGGAAGAAGCGGUGGGGGGGGCACAGCCCUCAGACCCCCCCAGGCUGCUCCACAGGCCAGGCAAGAAGACGGAGCAGCAGCGGCGGAAGGAGAAGGAGGCGCGGGCGCAGGAGUUGCAGCGGCGCCGCUUGAAGGCUUUGCGGUGCCGGCAGCAGCAGCUGUUCAGGCUGCGGUCGCUGGGCCGGCAGCUGCGGCGCUGGGAGCAGGAACUGCUGCGACGGCGCAGGGCGAGGGAGGCCAAACGGCGCGAGAUGGAGGGGCGGCCGCGGCGUCUGGGGAGGAUCAAGUAUGAGGACCCCGCUCUGGAGGUGCAGCUGAGUGAUGAGUUGGCGGAGNUCCUCCCCCCGUUUCAGCCCGAGGGCAGCGUUCUGCACGACCGCUUCAAGAGCCUUCAGAAACGGAGCCUGAUUGAGCCCCGGGAGCGGGCAAAGUUCAAGAGGAAAUACCGCCUCAAGUAUGUGGAGAAGAGGGCGUUCCGGGAAGUGACGUGA